AGUUUGUUGCUGGUCUUACCGGUGCACAAAACAGUAUUAAUGGAGCCCGUGCUGACCUCCAUAUAGUUUAUUUUUCCAAAUUGUGUGUAUGAGAGAGAGAGAGAUGAGUUCUGUGGAGGAGAUCAUGGCUCAUGCUGUUUGCAUCCCAUACCCAGCUCAAGGCCAUGUUAAUCCGAUGAUGAAACUAGCAAAACUCCUCCACCACAAAGGCUUCCACGUAACCUUUGUCAACACUGAGUUCAAUCACAGACGCUUGCUCAAGUCUAAAGGUCCUGAUUCCUUGGAUGACUUGCCGGACUUUCGCUUUGAAACCAUCCCCGACGGUUUGCCUCCUUCCGACGACGACGCAACCCAAGACAUCCCAUCACUAAGUGACUCUAUUAGAAAGACUUGCCUGGUUUCAUUUCGUAGUCUAAUGGCGAAACUUAAUGAUACUCAUGUCUCCUCGAAUGUUGUCCCUCCAGUGAGCUGCAUAGUUAGUGAUUUAGGCAUGUCUUUCGCCAUUAACGCUGCAGAAGAACUUGGAAUCCCUGUCCUUCUAUUGUGGACUGCGAGUGCAUGUGGCUUUUUAGGAUAUGCACAUAGCCGCCAGCUUGUUGAAAGGGGUGACCUUGCAGCAGUACUCAAAGACGACAACUAUCGUACAAAUGGAUACAUGGACACUACUAUUGACUGGAUUCCAGGGUUGAAAAAAAUCCGCAUCAAGGAUCUACCUAGCUUUCUAUUCACAUUGGAUCCAAAUGAUAGCAUGCUGAACUUUAUUUUGGAGAUGAUAGAGAAAGCUUCGAAAGCUUCUGCCAUAGUUGUGAACACUUUUGAUGCACUGGAGCAAGAAGCAUUGGACGUCCUUUCUUCCAUGUUUCCUCCGAUUUACUCCAUUGGCCCUCUUCAUUUGCUUCUCAAUCAAGUUCCACAAAAGGAUUUAGUGUCCAAUAUUGGUUCCAGUCUUUGGAAAUAUGAAGAUGAUUGUCUCGAAUGGCUCAACUCCAAGGAACCUAACUCAGUUAUUUACGUAAAUUUUGGCAGUGUUGCAGACGUAACCCCGCCACAAAUGGUCGAGUUUGCUUGGGGACUUGCUAAUAGCAAGAAAGCCUUCCUAUGGGUAAUUAGGCCUGACAUUGUGAAGGAUGCUUCAUUGAUUGUACUGCUUCAUGAGUUUGUAAUUGAAACAAAAAACAGAGGUAUUAUAUUAAGUUGGUGCCCACAAGAGCAUGUGCUAAGCCACCCAUCAAUUGGGGGAUUCUUAACCCAUAGUGGAUGGAACUCGAUGCUUGAAAGCAUGUGCGCAGGAGUGCCUGUGCUCUGUUGGCCAUUCUUUGCUGAGCAGCAGAUAAAUUGCAGGUUUGCUUGCAUUGAAUGGGGCAUUGGCAUGGAGAUUGAUGGUAAUGUAAAAAGAGAUGAAGUGGAGAGGAUUGUGAGAGAGUUAAUGGAUGGAGAGAAGGGUAAGGAGAUAAGGAAACAUGCCAUGGAGUGGAAGAAAAUGGCUGAGGAAGCAACUAGUUCUAAAGGCUCUUCAAACUUGAAUCUAGACAAAGUGGUCAAGGAGGUGUUGCUGCAAUUGAAUCUUUAGGUUUUCAUUGCAUGGGAUUUGAAUAUAAAGGGCGUUGAAAAGCACCAAAUGCCAAGUAUGUAUUUUUCUUUCAUGCUUUUGCUUGUGUUUGUGUCACAUAUGUGGAAGGUUGUAACAUUAAUUUUGCGACUCUGUUCAACAUUUUUGUCCUAUUUUAUUUUUGAAGCUUAUGUUUGAUUUGUUUAUGGAUUAGGAUGAAUUGGAAACUAGUUGAGUA